AUGGAUUUGAUCUCUCAAGAGCACAAAAACAAAAACCCUAAUACCACUCUCUCAACACGACAUCCUUUGUCUUCUUCGUCUUCUACACCUUCCUCUAGCCGCUACGAGAACCAGAAACGCCGUGAUUGGAACACUUUCUGCCAAUACCUUAGAAACCAUCGUCCACCACUCUCUCUACCGUCUUGCAGCGGCGAACACGUCCUUGAGUUCCUGCGUUACAUUGACCAGUUUGGAAAAACCAAAGUCCACCACCAAAACUGCUCUUUCUUUGGCCUCCCAAAUCCUCCUGCUCCUUGUCCUUGUCCUCUCCGACAAGCUUGGGGCUCACUUGACGCCCUUAUCGGUCGUCUUCGUGCCGCCUACGAGGAGAACGGUGGAGUUCCAGAGGUUAGCCCUUUUGGCUCACGUUCAGUUAGGAUUUUUCUAAGGGAGGUUAGAGAUUACCAGGCUAGAGCACGUGGCGUUAGCUAUAAGAAGAAGAGGAAAAGAGUCAGUAACGCGCAAAUAACUCAAUCGAGUUCGCAGCCGCCUCUACAGUCGCAGCCACAACAGCAGCAGCAGCAAGGUCAGUCUAUGAUGGUCAAUUAUAAUCACGGGCAGCUUGAUGAUAUUGUACAACAUCGAUAAAUGUACGUUCGUAUCUAGCUAUUUAUACGUACCCAUUCUUUUGUAUUUUUGUUAUGUAAUAUCCCUCUACUUUACUCCAUCCACAGUUUUUUUUUUUUUUUUGUGUCUUGAACUAUUGU